AUGUCUGAGAACUCUCGAGGCGAAAUCAGCAAAGAUAUCUCUGUAUCUAUUCUUUCAGCUUUAAACGCGUCAAAGAAGGGAAAAUCCUCUAGUAAGAAGAUUCUAUCUCUUCAGAAACAAGUUCAAGGACUGAAAAAUGUUGUAGAGGGGCUUCUCUCGCUUCUCAAAUCCCAGGCUGAAGAAACUGUUUUUUUCCUUUCAAGUGACCUUGGAAAGAAUGGUCCUCCCUCUAAAGAUAUAAUCCACUUACUUUCAUCUAACUACCAAGUGAAGCAAAAAGUUUCCAUUCUUCUGACCGAGCUUAAGAGUAGUCAGAUGGAGGAAGCUGAGGACGACGACAAAGAUGACGAUGAAGAUGACGAUAUCAAAGGAAUAAGAAGUUCAGUUAUCCAAGACAUUAACGAGAAGGCAGCAGAGACCAAAUUACAAGAAAAAGUUGCGUCUGUUUUGGCAGCAGGAUUGAAUGGUUCUACGGAAUCAUCUUUUACAGCGCCAAGCGAUACUACCGUUCGGUUUCAAUCAUCACCAAAAAUAAACCGAGCAGCCAUUCCGCAACAAGAACAUCCAAUAGUACCUCAGUCUCCAAUUACACCACAACCUCCGAUGGUCUCCCUGCCCUCGGAAAAUUCCCAGACUUCAUUUGUUUUUCAACAACCAAAUUCUCGUAUUGCAAAUCCUCAAGUAGUCGCAAAUCCAUCUCCUGUUUCCCAGUCAGCCUCUUCACAAUUAGAUGAACACCCUCAGGCAUCAUCAACCCCCCAGCAUUCGAUAGUUAACUCAUCACCUGCGGUCACCGACUCGCCUGUUGUUUCUAAGCCUCCUCUCUCUUCCACCCCCAUUGAAUUAUACCAGUCAUUGCCAAACUCUCAAUCUCCUUUAAUUGUUCAAUCUCCUGUGGUCUCUCAAGUGAACUCUGUAGAUGUUCCAGCUCCAGCUGAAACACAUGUUCGAACUCAACCAAAACCACAACCUGUUCCCAAAACUUCCCCUAUUAGCCGCAAUUGGAUACGACCCUCUCAAAUCAAAACGCGUUCACAAGCUCAUGCUUUAGCUCAGGCACAAGCUAAAGUUCAGACGGAAGUGAACACACAAACACAGACCCAGGUACAGGUAUCAGAAAAUGAACAAACCGAGGGUGUUUCUGAAUCUUCCAAUGAAAAAAUACCUGUCGAGCCUGAUGCUGAUGCUGUUUUAGAGGUUCCAUCCACUUCUGAGUCUCCCAAAAAUAAUGAGCCUCCUGAACUUCAAAUCAAACCUUUGGAUUCAACCAAAGCACAUUCACAAACCCCGGUCUCAACAGCCCCUCAUCGAUCGCAAAUUCAAAGCUCAAGUCGAUUGCUCUCAACAGCUUCAGCUUCAGCUUCAUCUACUGUUUCUCCUCCAGCGCUAUCUCCAGGCCCAAGUCGUACAACCAGAAACUCCACCAAAGUCCGUGAAUUUAGUGCUAAACUUGCACAGUCUCAAGACCAAGUCGGUACAUCUCAAGAUAUAAUGCCAGCACCAGCAGAGUUCAUUGUUGUAAACUCAUCCACUUCACAGUCAAUUUCUAAUGGAACUGCUAACCAGGAAAACCUCACACCGGCACCGCCAAUAAACAGUAGCCAGGAAAGUUCCAGAAAAACGGAAAAUGGAUCAAGUACAUCUAAACAACAACAACCCUCUUCUUCAGUAACGCUUCAGCAUGAUCUUCCACUGCCAGUGACUCAGUCGAGGUUGAUUAAAAAUUCCAUAUCUUUUAGUCCCGCCAAUGCUGCGAAUCUCAAGCCCACGCAAAAUGAUACUAUUAAAAAAUUAAUGAUGCGUAGAGAAGCAUCUCUUUUUGCAGACAUUCUUCCCCCUCCAACGUUUACUUCGUCAUCAUCUUCCAGCAAGCCCAAAUCUUUAACAAUUAGUUUACGGACUACCAGGGCUUCCGAAAGGAAACAAGAGAGCAAAGCUAACGACAGUUCUCUAGAAAUAAUUGAUAACGAAGAUUCUGCUUUUCAAAAUGCUGAUCCCCCUAUUAAAAAAGAUAAUGACAUGCCUGCUUCUGGCUCGAAGCGGACUCUUGAGGAAGUAUCAGUCGAAGAUGGUACUGACUCAGACAUUACAAUAACUUCAGUAGAUUCAACGAUAUCAACUCGUUUAAAAAGACCACGCAAGUCACAUGUGCCAAACACUGGAGCUGAUUUGAAAAAUACAGAGGACAACUCUGUGCUACCGGAUUCAGCGCCCAUAAUGGAUCCAGAGUGUCGUUAUUAUCGUCUUCCAUCUGAUGAAUACACAACGUACAACCAGUUGGGUAACAAACAAUUCAGAAACGGGUAUUUAAGAAACCAUUAUGGUAACAUCAUUUUGUUUCAAGAGCUGGGCCAAAUAGCUCUCAAGAAAAAACUGUUGAUUGGUGUAGGGAACCAAAAAUUAUCACCAUACAAAAACGAUACUGGCAACAAUAAACUUAAUAGUCUGCUAAAUAAUCUCAUGCUGUUGCGGACUUAUCUCCAAAAUUGUAUACGAACUGCCACCGAAGUUGCUAACAAGAAAAUUGAAGAGAUUCAAAAAAAUCACGGCAAUCUUAGUGAUUCCAACAUGAAAAUUAUUUGCAGUCAAGAAAUCCCUAUGCUAGAGCUCAUGCAGAUCGAUACAAAGAAGCUCAACAUUGACGGUGAACUUUUAUCAGAAGGACUUUAUCGUGUUAUGCGCACAAGAGCCCAUGAUAUUGAAUACUGUGUAUGCAACAGAGUGAUUGGAUAUUGUACUUCAUUGUGUCCUUGCUAUAAGUCUUUGGGAGGCUGCCGUGCUCCUCAAUGUGAAAGUAUUGAUUCGCCAAAUGAUUUUUGUCCUUCCAACAGAAGGCAUCCAUUAUACAAGUAA